ACCCUGGGCUCUGUGGCGUCACAAUGGCAUGGAAGCCCCUGUCUGGGGGUCGAAGCAGGUGAGGAGGAGGGGCGCCGGCAGGGGGCGCGCGGGAGCCACUGCUGCUGCCCCGGGGCUUUGCAGGGAGGCUGCCCAGCUUCAGGGAAGAGGGCCAGCUCUGGCCAGGCAGCUCCCCAGCUGGGCCCUCUUUGCACUCCAGCCCCCUUGGCUUUGCUGGCAUCUAGCCAAGCUGCUGAGCACCUUCUUCCUUCUAACAGCAAAAAUGAGAGAACAUAAAAGGAAGCAAAAAAUCAACGUGGUCAGAAUGACUGGUAACACGGGUAAACAGGUUGCUUGGUGUGAACAACUUAUUUUGGGUGGAAAGCCUAAAAAAGACCGUGAGAAAUCUAAAAAAGACCACGAGAGGAACUUGGAAAAAAAGGACAGAAGGGAUCAUGGUAUUCAGUGGGACUUGGAUGUGCAGCCUCUUAUCUCCUCUGCUAAAUGGCUUCAGCUCCAUGGGCUCAAGAGGAACAAGUUGACCUUUUCUCAGAUUUUAUCCCAGAUUGGAUUUCAGCAAAAAGAAGAUUAUGUAUCUAUAUUGAGGAAACUUGUGGCUUCACGGUAUGCAAAUGGACUGUAUUACCAAUUCAGGACCGGACCGGAUGGAAAGCUGUAUAAACUGACAGCCAACAAAGACCUGCUCAUUCAUUUUGUGGAUUGUCUUACUGGAGCUAUUGAACUGUAUAAACAAAGAAUGGAGUGGUUAACCACUGAAAGCCGGCAAAUAUUUGGGGUGAUUGAAGAACAGAGCAUUACCAUUGUUCUGGAUUUUGGUGUUGCUUCUAAAGCUGAGUUUGAUCUGUGUCGAGAAGCACUUUCGAUGGUCAUCAAACAGCAGGUGGCUCAAAUAGCCAAAUUUAACCUCAUUCGAGGAGCUCAGGAUCCUGUGAAGUGGCAGGAGAGAGUGAUUCCUGUGACAGAGGAGACCAUAGAAGCUGCCAUUGAAUGGCUCUGGAUGAUGGAGCAUGUGCCAGCUGUUUGCCACACUGGCCCCACAGAAGCUCUCUUGGAGGCAUUGUUUGAUGAAAUGACAGAAGCUAUAUACUAUUUUGUUGUGGGUGAUAUGCCGGAGUGCAUGAAGCAUUUGCUUAUGCAGAAGAUAUCACGGAGCCCAUGCCCAGUCCAUACUGUAUCUUUCAAUGCUAGAGAGGAAGAAACAAUCACUUUCUUAAAGGAGCUGAGCCAACUGACCACUGGCAGGUUCCAUGCAUUUGCAGAAAGAACGGACUACAUGGUUGUGAUGGAAACUUCAGUGACUGAUGAAGAUGAAAAAUGUGUAUCUGUCCAGAAUUCAAGAAAGCUCAAAGGGAGUCUGCCUCUAGGGACAGGUGUCAGAGAAGAUGUAUACCUGAUCUGGAAAGAGCUAGAUGAAGCAAGGAACACAUUGAUCCAAAUUCAGAGGAUUCUGAUAGAGUAUGAGCAGUCUGAAUCGGUUCCAGUCCCCCAAACUGAUAGUUCAGUACAUGAUGCCAAGGAUUAUGUGAAUUCCAAGGAGUGGCUUCAGAAGAAUGGUUUGAAAGCACAGAAGCUGACCAUCUCCAAAGCAUUUGCUGAUUGUGCAUUUCGUCAUGCAGAUGGGAUUGUUGACAUAAAAACCAAGCCACAAGAUGAAUCUUUCCAGACUGAUGCUGAGACCAAUAAGAAGAUAAUCCAUGCAAAAUACUGUGACAAAUUUCUACAUACAGUCUUGGAAGAUGGGUCUAUAAUUCACAUAUAUUUGAAUAAUGAACGGUGCCAGCAGUACGAAGAGCAAAUGAAGAGCGCUCUCAGUCGAAUUGAAGGAAGGCUUCAGGAACUGAAGAAAGGGAGCCGAGCAUUGUUUGGGGACAUUACAGAGGAUCGUAUCUAUAUUCUCAUUGAUACAUCUCAGUCAAUGCAGGAGAAACUGCCAGUAGUGAAACAGAAACUGUUUCAGCUCAUGUGGGAGCAACUACAGAAUAAAAGAAAGUUUAACCUUGUUAAAUUUGAUGUUGAGGCAGUAGCUUGGAAAGAAAAACUGGCUGAUGUUAAUGAACAUAAUCUGGAGGAUGCUUUAAUUUGGGUGGAAGAACUGCAGGUUGGAGGUUCUACAAAUACACUACAAGCGCUUCUGAUUGCCUUUUCUGAUAGUGACACCCAAGCCAUUUACCUUCUUACUGAUGGGAGACCUGACCAGCCCCCCAAUACAAUUUUAGCCCAACUCAAACUUCAGCGGAACAUUCCAAUUCACACCAUUUCUUUUAACUGUGAUGAUACUGGAGCUAAUAAAUUCCUACAUGAGCUGGCUAGUAAGACAGGUGGACGGUUUCAUUACUACCAUAUUCGUUUGAGGGACCCUGAUGCUCCAAGACCUUUUGAGUGUGAAGAUAUAUAUCUGCUUAAAAAAGAGAUUGAACAAGGAGAAAGGGAACUGAAGAAAAUACAAGCCUUUCACACUGACAAUGUAUUGAUGGAUUUGUUUAAUGGAGCAAAAGAUCUUCACGAUAAACAUCGCAGACAACAUUUCACUGUAACCCCACAAGUUGAGGGAAUGAAUCCCCCAGAUAGGCCACAUUGUGCCUUUGAAGAGCCUGCUUCACCUUCACCACAGCCAGGUACGGAUGGAUGUCAGGCACGCUCUGAGAGUGCAAGCAGAAAGAAGAAAGCUUUACAUGCAGAGCAAACAAAGAGUAGCAUACUUAGAAGUCAACGCUAUGUAGCAAAACCUUCUGAACAAAAUCAAAAUGGAAGGGUUUCUCCUGAAAGAAAAGAGCAGAAGACACCAAAAAUGGACAGAAAGAUAGAUAAAGACCCUUUAGAUAUCUCUUCAGCUCAGUGGCUAAAGAAUCAUGGCUUAGUUGCUAGGAGACUCACCAUAAUGGAUGCCUUAGCACCAACAGCUGUUCCGCGCACAACUAAAUACAUUCCCGUUCUAGACAAACAUGUAGUUUCAAAAGUAUUUGAUGAUGUUCUCCCAUUUGCCCAUGUGAGCAGUGAUAAGAAAUUUGUCACACUGAUUAAUCCUCAGGCAGUGGAUCUGGAUGCUUACAAGAAGAGGGUGGAAGAAGCAAUAAAAAUCUAUGAAAGGCGCCUUGAUCAAAUUGUUUGGAGAGUGUUACCACAAGAAGAAAAAGAGAAGUUUGAACAGGAUGAGCCAGUGUCAUACGUGGAUCGUAAAGAAUCUUUGCUAGAAGCCUUAGCAAAUGCAGGUUGGCCCAUUGCCUAUGAAGAUGUGAUGUUGUUGGAAGAUGAGAUUUUGACAGGAUUAACAUAUAUACAUCAGGCCACUGAACUUCAAGAAGCUUCAAAAGAGGAGCCUCAGAGAAUUGGCCCACUUCGGAUCUGUCCACCUAAAGAGGCAAGGAAACAACAGAAAGGAAAAAUGAUCGAUGCUCUCAAACACCGAAAAGUCAUUGCAAGAUCAGAAAGCACAGGAUUUUACUAUCCAGGGACAGUAAUAAGAAGUAUCACUCCUUUUUAUGCACUUGUUGAUUUUGCUCAUGGGCACACUGAAAUUGUACCACUGAAGUUCAUUAUGCCUGUGGGUGGUGCAAUGCCUUGUCCUUACUUACAGGUUGGAGACUAUGUAUUUGUCAGAAUUAGGAAAACUUUGGGAGAAGAGUAUUAUGUACCUGGUGUUGUUAUAGCAACACCCCAAAAAACUGCGGCAGAUGAUAAACUCUAUACAGUUUUGAAAUACAACAAGAGAAAGGAACACUGUGUACGAAAUGGGCUUAUUAAAAUCAGUUAUAGAAGAUAUACCUGCUCCUGCUGCUACAUAAACAUGACCCGGAUGAUGGAUUACCUCAUACCAAACAUAAGGGUUGUGAAGCAUUUCCACAGACCAAUCUCAUCUGAAGAGAGAACGAAGAAAACAAUUGCAGUAGGAGGGGAUUAUAAGAAGAGGAACAGAAAAGGAAGAGCUACAGUCAAGAACGAAUGCCUCAAAGCAUGGGCCUCAUCUGACUCUGAUGAGAUGUUGUUUGUUCCUAGUAGGACAAUGAAGCGGAGAGAACAUAGUUCAUCACCACCUCCUCCUGCCAAAGAUGAAAGUUCAGAACCUGGUUUUCGUGGCUCUCCGUGCCAUAAUUCUCUGAGAGGUAGAAAGCAGAGGCUGUCUUCAAAUGCUUUUGAACAAAGGCUCCCAAAGAGUCUUCGUUGCUCUCGCUGCCCUUCUGCGCGCCAGAAGAGUGUCCCUCAGCUUGUUAGCAAAACUUUCAGCAGCAGCAGCAGUAACAACAGCAGAAGCAGCAGCAGUAGCAGCAGCAGUAGCAAGGUUUCCCUUUCCAGCAUUGAGAAGGUGGAAGAGCUGGCAAGGCGGCUUCAGCAGUACCACAUCGCUAAAAGGAAAGGCCAUCUCACCAAUUGCAAAUAAGGAACAGGUCAGGACAGUAGGGGAACUGCAGGGAAUGGCUGCUGGUUGCCAAACUGUAUUAUAUGCAUA